AUGUUAGGGUUAGGGUUAAAUCACCUGUGCGAUAUAAGUUUCAUGAAAGUUGUGAAAGUGCAUAAUCACAGGCGACCAACGUAUGCUGAGGUGGUUUCUAAGAAGAAAAAUUCCCAAUAUUCAGAAAAGGAUCAGUGCUCCUCCAGCAUAAUUAAGUUUUUAAAUAGUACAGUAUCCAAAUUUUCCAAGAAAGGUUCAUCUCAGAUAGCCAAUCACUUAGAACUGUAUGAAUCCACUAUGGAUUCUUUAAAGUUAUACUCUGAUGCUGACCGGAUUAGGUUUCUUCCAUGGGCAUUUGAUGAUAGAUAUCGUCAUUACUUUACAUCCUUUAAGGAGAGAGGAGUACAAGAUUGGCCAAGUGUUUUGCAUGAGGUUAAAUUGGAAUUCGGACCAUACCGAACCACUACUGCUGCAAAACGGGACAUAUAUAGCCUUACGUGUAGACCCAAUCAGAGUCCCCGUGAAUUCCUCUCUGUCCUCAAAAAUGCCUAUGGGUUGGCAUAUAGAUCCCCAAAUUGGGAAUCUGAAGAAUUCAAGCAGUUAUUCUAUGAUGCUAUGCCAACCCAGAUCAAACUUAACUUAGCCAGAGAUCUGGAUAUUGAUGCUCCCUUGGAUAGGUUGGUGACGGCUGCCACAAUGCUGUAUAAUAUCAGUGAGUGCCAUACAACAGGUGAGAGAAGGUUUAAAAAUUCCCCAGAGCAAAAGGUAGCUGAAGCUAAGGUAAACCCUAACUUGGGAUUUGAAAGCCAGCCACGAAGGUUCCCUGAGUCUACAGGACCUUCUCAACAAGCCCAGCAACAACAGGUAGGACCGCCCAAACAGACCAAACCCCAAAAUAAUAAUGGAUCAGAGGGGAAUAAUUCAGGUAAUGGGAAGUCUAACUACCGUCCCUAUUACAAUAACGUUCCCCAGGGAUAUAGGUCCUAUAACAAUCGAUACCCCUGA